GAGAAGUGGCCGGGGAACUAUGGCUUCUAGAGCUACAUGGGAAUAUCAUGGCGCCCCACAACAUGGCAAGGGAGCUUUAGUAGUACAGUUUUCCAAUGGAACUAUCCAGUCCCCUGAAAGUGUGAAUUUCACUUUAUACAGCAACAAAGAUGACAACAAUCCUAAGGCAAAAAGACAGAGGAUUCUGGCUGCGGAAACUGACAGACUGAGUUAUGUAGCUAAUAAUUUUACCUCCGAUGCAGUAAAGAGCAAUUCACUGUGUAGGUACUUUGUUGGAGUGCUCAACAAAGAGACUGGAAAGAUGGAGGUAUAUGAUUCUGAACAGUACAGGAUGCAGCCCAUUUUGGAAAGCAACAAGGAAAAGGAAUUGCACACUGAAGAUGUAAUGGACCAGCCGAGCAAAAGUUAUCGGGAAAAGGUCGAUGCCCUUAUAGAAUCAUUUGGUACCAACAAGCAGAAGCGAGCUUUGAGUUCUCGAAAACUGAACCAAGUUGGCAGUGAAAUUUUAAAUAAAGCUAUGGCUAAAGCUGCUGAAGAAAUCAUAGAAAGCCGAGGCACAAAAGAGCUGGUAAAAGAUGCAGUAGACAAAAAACAACAAGAGACUUCACUGUUCCUGCCUCCAUGUGAUUAUAAUGCAAACAAACCAGAAAAUGCUUACAAGUUUGAUGACCUUAUCUCUCCUGUGGAGUAUGCUGCUCUUGAAACCGCUUCUGCAGCUUUCAGAAAUAUGACAUCAGAGGAUCUCCUGCAGAUGGUAGAAAAUAAAAAGAGUGGUUUAUUUGUGCUUCAAGAACUUCAAGGGCUUCGUGAAAUUAAAGAUGAGAAAGCUCUUGAUCAUCAGGCUCGCUGCUUGUGGUAUCUGGAUGCUUUGAUAAAACUUAGCCAACUCCGGACAGUUAAACGAAAAGAUAUUAUGACUCCUGAAUGCCCAGGCAUCAUAUGUGGGAAACUCAUGAAAAAUUUCACAGUUGAAGUUUUUAAGAAUGGCAGGAUACAGAAUUCCAUUUCUGGCACAACGAAAACUAAAAUAGUUGCUUAUGUCAUAGCUAUAGCAUUGCAUAUCUCUGACUUUCAAGUUGAUCUGACUCUUUUACAGAGGGACAUGAAGCUACAGGAAAGCAGGAUUCUGGAAAUUGCCAAAGCCAUGGGUUUGAAAAUAGCCAAAAGAACAAUGUAUUCCGAAUCUUUAAUUGAAGAAGGUCACAAAAUUGGAAUGCUUACUAUCCCUCUGACUGUCUAUAAGCCAUCUGGGGGAGAGUUAAAACGAAAGAAAAUGUAAAGAAAAGCCGAAAUAAAACAACCUUUUCUGGAAAUACAGCAACUGCUGGACUGUUUGAACUGUGAUUUUUUUUUUUUUUUUUUUUUAAACCAAAAAUACAGUUUUAAGAAAUAUGUUCUAUUAAAAAGUUGUAUUUUGGAA